AUGGAUGAAGAAAGGUCUAGCAUGCUUCCCACCAUGGCAGCUGGUCUGAACUCCAUACUCUUCGCAAUUAACAUCGACAACAAGGACUUAAACGGGCAGAGUAAGUUUGCUCCCACCGUCUCGGACCUCUUGAAGGAAUCCACGCAGAAUGUGACCUCCUUGCUGAAGGAGUCCACGCAAGGAGUGAGCAGCCUUUUCAGGGAGAUCACAGCGUCCUCGGCUGUCUCCAUCCUCAGCAGAGCUGAGCAGGAGACCGACCCCCUGCCCGUGGUGUCCAAGCACAUCAGUGCCGAUGCCAAAUGUAAAAGGGAGCGGAAGAAGAAAAAGAAGGUGACCAACAUCAUCUCAUUUGAUGAUGAGGAAGACGAGCAGAGCUCCGGGGAUGUUUUUAAGAAGAUCCCCGGGGCAGGGGAGAGCUCAGAGGAGAACUCUGACCGGUCCUCAAUCAAUAUCAUGUCGGCCUUUGAAAGCCCCUUUGGGCCAAAUUCCAACGGAAGUCAGGGCAGCAACUCUUGGAAAAUUGAUUCUCUGUCUCUGAACGGGGAGUUUGGGUACCAGAAGCUGGAUGUGAAAAGCAUUGAUGAUGAAGAUGUGGACGAAAACGAGGAUGACGUAUACGGGAGCACUCCAGGAAGGAAGCGCCCAGGCCACUCGGAGUCGCCAGAGAAGCCGCGGGACGGGGGCGCCUGCCUCUCCCAGAUGCACGGCUGGGCCCCGCUGCAGGUGCUGCACGGCCACGCCGAGGUGCUCUUCCCGGUCAGCGGCGUGGGCUCCUACGGGCCUGCAGGUGGCCUGGAGAACGGGACGGGACCCGAGGACCACAUCCUCCCAGAGCCGGGACCCCGGUACAGUGUGGAAGCCAGUCCUCCAGGCCAGGAAAGUCCUCUGAGCAGCCUGUUACCUUCUGCCUCGGUGCCAGAGUCCAUGACAGUCAGUGAACUGCGACAAGCCAUCGUGGCCAUGAUGAACAGGAAGGACGAGCUGGAAGAAGAGAACAGGUCGCUGCGGAACCUGCUUGACAGUGAGAUGGAGCACUCAGCCGCGCUCCGCCAGGAGGUCGACACCUUGAAGCGGAAGGUGGCUGAGCAGGAGGAGCGGCACGUCACGAAGGUCCAGGCGCUGGCGAGAGAAAACGAAGUGCUCAAAGUGCAGCUGAAGAAAUACGUAGGCGCUGUCCAGAUGCUGAAAAGAGAAGGCCAGACAGCCGAAGUUGUCCCAAAUCUUUGGAAUGUUGAUGGAGAAGUUACAGUCCCUGAGCAGAAACCCGGAGAAGUCGCCGAGGAACUUGCAAGCUCCUAUGAAAGAAAGCUCAUCGAG